AUGGGCAGCGCUGGUGGAGGCCGCUGGGCCUGGGGGCACCUGGUGCUGCUGCUGGGUCUGUGCAUCUGGACAGCAGCCAGAGCUGAUCAAGCACAUGAUGUCACAGACAUCACGGACACCACGUACAAGGUGGAGGGCCUGCAGCCCGCCUCUCAGUACAGUUUCUUGGUGUGGGCAGUGAGCAACGGUCAGGAGAGCACAGCGGAGAUUGUCACUGCGUCCACAGACUCCACCCCUGUCAGGAACCUCACGGCUAAGAGCCAGACCAACAGCUCCGUCACUUUGAGCUGGGACGUCCCCGUGGCCCCAGCCAACGCUGCCUACACCUACCCGAUCAAGUGGACUGCACAUGAUGUCACAGACAUCACGGACACCACAUACAAGGUGGAGGGCCUGCAGCCCGCCUCUCAGUACAGUUUCUCCGUGUUUGCGGUGAGCAACGACCCCAACCCUGUCAGGAACCUCACGGCUGAGAGCCAGACCAACAGCUCCGUCAGUCUGUGCUGGGAGGACCCCGGGGGAACGACCAGCACACACUACACCUACCUGAUCAAGUGGACCGGACAUGUCACAGACAUCACGGACACCACAUACAAGGUGGAGGGCCUGCAGCCCGCCUCUCAGUACAGUUUCUCAGUGUUUGCGGUGAGCAGCAACCCCAACCCUGUCAGAAACCUCAGGGCUGAGAGCCAGACCACCAGCUUCGUCACUCUGAGCUGGGAGGAUCCUGAGGGCCCAGCCAACGCUGCCUACACCUACCGUAUCAAGUGGACUGAACAUGAUGUCACAGAUAUCACGGACACCACAUACAAGGUGGAGGGCCUGCAGCCCGCCUCUCAGUACAGUUUCUCAGUGUUUGCGGUGAGCAGCAGUCAGGAGAGCACAGCAGAGAACGUCACUGCGUCCACAGCUCCCAAUGAGGUCAUGAAUCUCCACAACGAAACACAAACCAACAACUCAAUCACACUGCGCUGGGAGGCUCCCAGUGACCCCCACGCUCAGCUCUACAUGUACCAGGUCCAGUGGGCCAGUGGGGCACAAAGCCAGCAGGAGAAAACGAAUGGCACCCCCUAUAGGGUGGAGGGCCUCGAACCCGGGACUCUGUACAACCUCAGCGUGAGGGCAGAGAGGAACAAUGUCACCAGCGCCACACGGAGCCUCAGAGCUUCCACAGCCCCAGACCCCGUCCGCAUCUCCUCUUGCACCAGCGCCUCUGGGGGCCACGGGCUGGCCCUGACCUCUCUAUGUCCCCGGGGCGGCUUUGAGACCUUCCUGCUGGAGGUCAACGGGCAGCGGAUCUCCCUGGACAAUUCCUCCUGCGAGCGGGAAGUGGCCGUGUGGGGACUGCAGCCGGCUCGCUCCUAUGUCGCCAGCGUCCAGACCUUCUGGGAUGGGAUGGUGGCCCCAGGGCCCUCUGUGACCUGUAACACCUCGAGUGUAGGGGUGAUCGCCGGAUCCGUCAUUGGGGUGCUCCUGGCCAUAACCCUGGUAGGCGUCCUGCUGUUCUUCCUGAAGCGCAGGAGGAGUGAGAAACAACCAGCGACCCGGAACCAGGUGUUCAGCUUCCGCAAAGACAUCCAUGCUGCAGACUUCGCCAAGCAUGUGAGGGGAAAGGAGAAGGACAGCAACUGGGGCUUCGCAGAGGAUUACCAGCUCUUGGACCAAGAGAACCAGCUCGAGCCGCUUCAGACGGUGGCCUUGGCUCCAGAAAACCAGAGCAAGAACCGAUACAGAAAUGUGCUGCCUUAUGACUGUGCUCGGGUAUCCCUGAAGCUGCUCCCUGGGGAACCAGGCUCCGACUACAUCAAUGCCAGCUUCAUACCUGGUCUCAAGAAAGCCCAGGAGUUCAUCGCCACGCAGGGCCCCCUGCCUCACACCGUGGAGGAUUUCUGGCGUCUGGUUUGGGAGCAGCAGAGCCACAUCCUGGUCAUGCUGACCAAUUGCAUGGAGUCGGGCCGGGUGAAGUGUGAGCAUUAUUGGCCACUGGACAACAAGCCCUGCACCCAUGGGCACCUCCAAGUGACGCUGGAGCACGAGGAUGUAAAGGAGAACUGGACCAUCAGGACUCUGAUACUCCACCAUACGCAGGAGCAGAAGAAGCUAGAGGUGUGGCAGUUUCAUUACAUGACAUGGCCGGACCAUGGCGUGCCCCACUGCCCCGACCCCUUGCUGGAAUUCAGGAAUCUUUUCCGCGAGCAGCUGGAACGUUUCUCCGAGGGCGGCCUGCCAGUCGUGCACUGCAGUGAUGGCGUGGGCCGCACGGGCACCUUCAUUGCUCUGGAUGUCCUGCUGCGGCAGCUGGAGUGUGAGGGCCGCGUGGGGCCCUUCCAGUAUGUGAAGAAGAUGAGGGGAAGCCGGCCGCUGAUGGUGCAGACUGAGGCCCAGUACGUGUUCCUGCACCAGUGCAUCCUGCCCUUUCUCGAGCAGUCUUCGCCCAUCUAUGCCGAGGACUUGUACGAGGAUAUGAUCUACGAGAACGUGGGUGCCCUGUAG